CAUACGUGAAGUGACGUAAAAGCCCGCCAACGAAUUUUCAAUAUUUAAAAUAUGUAACCAUUGUAAAAGGAACAAAUAUAAGAAAAAUUUACAAAUUCACAAAUAAUUAACUUCCGAAUUUUGGGGUGCAUUUUAAAGAACAAAACAAUGGCUAAGAAUAUUUUUAGAAUUGUAGUAAUUUUCUUUUUAAUUUCUUAUGCUGUAUUUACAACAGUUUUUGGAGCUCCCGCGAAUUCGUACUUACGUGGACCACACUACACGAUUAGUAACUCAGAGGGUCGCAAUCAGCCGUUCAUAGAGGUCCGCAACUCAACGUACCACGGUGCAGGGCCGCGAGAAGAGGCGCGUGCCAUGUGCUCGGUUAAGACCCAUGAAGUUGAUGCCACUGCUAAUGCUACCAUCACCAGGCGAUUACAUGGAGUUGUCACUUCCAGGGAAUUGCACUCUUCAAUCCAGCGUUUGGAGGUGAUCAUCUUCGGUCAGAUGCAGCAGGUGUGGGCGAGUCUGGACGCGCUGAGGGCGCAGUUAGCGAGCGCGGGCACGGGCAUAGCGCACACGUACCCUGACCGAAGAACUGUGUCGUUCAGAUUUAAACCUAACGGAAUGUAACGUAAAACAAUGUUUGUGUAUCAUGUAUGAUAUACUAAAUAACAUUAGUUUUUU